UAUGUCCAAUUCCAUCUGUUCGUAUGCUGCUACUUUCUAACGGUAUUGUGACGUGCCCGCUUCCAUUUUUCUUAUCAAUUACCACAAAGUGGCUUGAACUUGGGGUAAUAAGCUUCCCUCUCUUAUUAUUUUGUUUUCCUCUCUUGUAACUACCCUAUACUCGGGCUUCAAUGACCAUGGCAUUGAACGCAGUCUCAUCGCCAACCUACGCCCCAGAAUCCAUUGCGCCGACACACCAACAAUUUGAACCCCAGGCUGAAGACAUCUUGUGUGAUGAAGAAUUACUCGAUCUGUUUCGAACCGUUAAACAAAUCUUACGCAAAAAGCCAAACACCGAACGGAUAUCGAAACUACUGUUUUGUUUUUGUUAUGCUCUUGGCGAAGAUAUCAAAUUUUAUAAAGAAAUAGGCGCAAACGAAGAUCGCAUGUUCUUCAAGGAAGAGUCCGCUCGAAACUAUAGUAUCUUACGUCUGCCCUAUAGUUCAAACGACCCUGCUGCAUCUCGUUUUAAAGAGUAUGUUACCAACAGAGAAAGAGUUGCGCGAAAUGGGUCAGCCUCGAGCCCAAUUCCGGUAUCAACCAAUGUGCCAGAACGUAUGUCAACCGGUCACCCACUCUCUGUAUCUUAUUUGACUGGCCCUGGUAAAAGUACUGGAGCGGACUAUCAUUCUCAACCUUCGCAAUCAACCUUACCUCCACCCUCAGGAUCAGCGAGUCCAGGGUUUCAAUCUUAUAGACCGCUUGUUCCAGCUACGUCAAACUCACAACACACAGUAGACAAUACGCGGAGAACCAUGUCUACGGAUGCACAUAUUAGCGGCCCUGCUGGCAGUUCGUCGCGUCAACAUUCCUUCAGUCAACCACAGUAUAAGUAUCCCGGGGAAGAUUCGGCACAAAAACAAUCCAAUUUCGGCCCCAGACAGCUUGAGACGAUAGAGCCUCAUCAACGCGGCUUUUACUACGAAGAGGAUCGCCUGUCAAGAGAAGAUGCCGUGCUAAGACGCUAUGCUGAACAAGGUGUCUUGACGCAAGCUUCCCUGUUGAGGAAACGAAAGAGACGUUCUAGCGAUUUAAAUUUCUCGCUCGGGUAUCCCACAUCAGGCGUUCCUCCAAAAAAAACUAAAAUGCCACAUAGACAUGGUGAAUUCGAACAACGACGUGACGAUAUCAUUACUAGGCUUCGAACCAUUACCGAGACUGACUUAGAUCAAAAAGCUGCAAAGUUGGGGAACGAUUUUACACUGGAAAUCGAGCAUGUUGACGAUGUUGAAGAUAAGGACUACACGCCAGAGGAGGCAACGAAAGCGUUAGAACCAUCUUUACGAGUUCUGACCACCCAAGCUAAUCUCAAACCACAUUUGGACAAUGGUAUGAAUCAAAACGGCAUCUAUUACAACACCGACUACUUUAGACUAUACCUCGCAUUCGAACAAUUUCAAAAAGCACAUACUAAGCUAUACCCUCAAGACAAAUCCGAUAGUCCCGAUGGUACUUCAACACCCAGUACUCCAUCAGGUGGCAUUAUGUCGACCAUGAGUUCGUCAUUUGGCCAACUAGGUGUCAAUCACGACAGCGAACGAAGUGUCAAUAUGAAAAUUUAUCGUUCUUUCGUCGAACCUCAUUUAACUGAAACAAACUGGGCAGCUUUCCGACGUAACAUCGUGGUAGGCGAGAGAAUGAUGCAACUGACAAAAAUCCUCGGUCAAGGCGUACUUUUGAUGACCAAAGAAUUGAGUGGAAGCAAAAUUCACUUGACAUUCACCAAUAAUGAAUGGGACGAAUUUCUGAACGGUCUACGUAACGGUAAAUGGGACGACUUAUUCAAAGACCUAGAACCUCUCCCAGACGGAGGAUCAGCUCUCGUGCGUGAGCUGAAAUCCAAAUUCGAGACGAGCCGAUGGUUCACUCCAACAGGUGAACCAGCCGUUUAUUCUAAUGCACCUUCAGCUUCCUCACAAUUACCACCCGUUUUCUCAACUACAAAUGCGGGAACAGAUCCAAUGGGAAAGAAAAGUGGAUUCACCCAAGAAACUCAGGACAUCUCUGACAGGCGGUCAGAUCCUCGAUAAACAAAACUAAUAUUCUGCCCUUUUUUUGUAUUCUCUCUUUUUUUGCUCUUGUAUUUUCUUUGUGUUUUGAACUCCUUGUACAGUGUGAUUUCUAUUUUAUAUAUCGAUCUGUUUGUACCUCAAAU